AGAAUGCACUCGUCAGCUUGGUCGCAUUUUCAUCACUGACUGAUCACGGGUAGCGAGCGCAGAUUCGUGUGCCAAAGUGCAAUAAAAUGAAACGAUAUUGAUAUCAGGCUACGCGUACAACGGCAGCAUCAUCACCGACGGCGAAACCGAUGGCCUUCUUCGAUCGAACGUGCAUAUAUUUCCAAUAGGCAGAGAAAUGUAUCCAUUGACUCAGCAUUAAAUGUGGAUGGGCGGUGUUUCUGUUUCCUUCGUUUGUUACGUUUCUUUUUUGAACUCAUAUAGUUUCACCUAGUUGCAAUCGUGCUGUAGGGAUUUUUUUACGUGUAUUUUGUUCGGUUCCGUAAGCUCCAACAAGAGCAGCACAACUGUGGAUGUACUCCGUGCUUUUGUUUGGCUAGAAUAUAUCGGUCAGGGGCGUUAUCGCUGAAUUACGAUGUUUACGAUUGCCGUCGAGUGUAUCUCGUUGUAAACGAAAAGGCACCCGCCCUUUGCGCGUCCAAAGUGUCAGGUUCCAAGCGUUCAUCAUCUUUCUCGUGUGACUCAUAAGGAGUAUUGUGCCAAUCCCUUCGCUAUAGGUACCGAUUUCCCUACGCUUCAAGAUCGUUCUUCACGAAGGGCUUGCGCGAACGCCCAUCUGUAUGCGCAAACAAUUUUGUCCAUGCGUGUGAUCGUCAUAUGUGUACGGAGCAUUGUGACGUGGCAGUGGAAUCGGCUAUUAUAGUGUAGAAUCGUCCGGAAGCGGUGUGUGGCCAUUGUACCAGGCCACACCGCACUCAAACAAGAGCGGAAAACACCGGCGUUGCCGGACCACAGCAUGGAAAAGUUUCCCCUCAAGGGCACCAGCAAUCUUUCGAUACCAUCCGCAGCCACGAAUCAUCCGCUGAGCGCUGAUCACACGUCUUAUCAGUCAGUUGCAAGUAAGACCGGUAAAGGUCCUUCCUCAGCGUCCGGAUCGGAACGUGUCACCACCUCGCUGACGACUCCGGGUGUGCCGGUGUACGAGGCGGACGAGGACGGCAUGAUCGACAUAACGCCCGGAAAUGGUGGCCUAACCAACCCGAACUACCCUUAUUCAUACGCGGCUAACGGUAGCCGACAGGAUGGUGUCGGUGCACCAAGCGGCAGUGGCAACAACGGCGGUGCCGGACUUGGUGGUGCUGCUGCCGCUGCCACAUCCGCCGGUAAUGGUGGAGACGGUGCUGGCCUAUCAUCGCCCACGCAUACACGCUUCGGGCGCGAUUUCCAUCACUCCGAUCAUGAAGAUACAUUAACCGUUUCGUUUUCCGGUAAAAUUGAAGGUAUCUCAUUUGCCGGCAUGACGGACACAAGCGAUGACAUUCCCGGCAUCGGGCAGUACGAUGAUUUCCACACAAUUGACUGGCAGCGUGAUAUAGCGCGCGAUCGUAUGCGCCAUCGAUACAUCGUGAAAAAGCGCCAGGACUCUUUCUGGGAUCUUCUAAAGGGUGCACAUGAUGCCUGGUCGGGAUGGGUGUGUGUACUGCUGGUCGGUCUGUUUACCGGUUGUGUCGCCGGUGUGAUCGAUAUUGGUGCGAGCUGGAUGACGGACCUAAAGUUCGGCAUAUGCCCACAAGCGUUUUGGCUAAACCGGGAGCAGUGCUGCUGGUCGUCUAAUGAAACCUCCUUCGACAGUGGCAACUGUUCGCAGUGGUACGCAUGGUCCGAGAUCUUUACCUCGUCCCGGGAAGGGUUCGGUGCGUACGUAAUAUCGUACUUCUUCUACAUCAUGUGGGCGAUGCUGUUUGCGCUGUUGGCCGCAUCGCUCGUACGCAUGUUUGCACCGUACGCGUGCGGGUCCGGUAUACCCGAGAUCAAGACGAUUCUGUCCGGGUUCAUUAUCCGCAGCUAUCUCGGCAAGUGGACGCUGAUUAUCAAAUCGGUCGGCAUAAUGCUGUCGGUGUCCGCCGGCCUUAGCCUUGGUAAGGAGGGCCCGAUGGUGCAUAUCGCAAGCUGUAUCGGCAACAUACUGUCCUAUCUCUUCCCGAAGUAUGGCCGCAAUGAGGCGAAAAAGAGGGAAAUCCUCUCGGCAGCAGCAGCCGCCGGCGUAUCGGUAGCGUUCGGUGCUCCGAUCGGUGGUGUACUGUUCAGCCUGGAGGAGGUAUCGUACUACUUCCCGCUCAAGACACUUUGGAGAUCGUUCUUCUGUGCGUUGAUCGCAGCGUUUAUUUUGCGAUCGAUUAAUCCGUUCGGUAACGAACAUUCGGUACUGUUCUACGUGGAAUACAACAAACCGUGGAUUUUCUUCGAGCUUGUACCGUUCAUCGGAUUGGGUAUUAUUGGGGGCUUCAUUGCCACCUUUUUCAUCAAGGCGAACCUUUGGUGGUGUCGGUUCCGCAAGUACAGCAAACUUGGACAGUACCCCGUUACGGAGGUGUUGAUUGUAACGUUCAUUACAGCGGUCAUCGCGUAUCCGAAUCCAUACACGCGAAUGAACACGAGCGAGCUUAUCUAUCUCCUCUUCAGCCAGUGCGGUAUCUCCAAUCAGGAUCCACUGUGCGACUACAAUCGCAACUUUACCGAUGUCAAUUCGGCCAUAGAAAUAGCGGCUGCCGGCCCAGGAGUGCACAAAGCAGUCUGGCUGCUCAUACUGGCGCUGGCAAUGAAGUUAGUCAUGACGAUCUUCACGUUCGGCAUGAAAGUACCGUGCGGGUUGUUCAUUCCUUCGUUGGCGCUCGGUGCGAUCACUGGACGUGUGGUUGGAAUUGGAAUGGAACAGCUGGCGUACCAUUAUCCGAAAAUAUGGAUCUUCUCUGGAGAGUGCUCAACUGGGGACGAUUGCAUUACGCCCGGGCUCUACGCGAUGGUCGGUGCUGCUGCCGUGCUUGGAGGGGUCACCAGAAUGACUGUGUCCCUUGUGGUUAUCAUGUUCGAGCUAACCGGUGGUGUCCGAUACAUCGUACCGCUGAUGGCGGCGGCCAUGGCAUCGAAGUGGGUUGGUGAUGCAUUAGGCAGACAGGGCAUCUACGAUGCACAUAUAGCGCUUAAUGGGUAUCCGUUCUUGGACAGCAAGGAUGAAUUCCAGCACACAACACUAGCGGCGGAUGUGAUGCAGCCAAAACGCAAUGAAACUCUAGCGGUGAUCACUCAGGACUCGAUGACGGUAGACGACAUCGAGACCUUACUCAAAGAGACUGAACACAACGGCUAUCCGGUGGUUGUGUCUAAGGAGAAUCAAUAUUUGGUUGGCUUCGUGUUGCGCAGGGAUCUUAAUCUAGCACUGGCCAAUGCACGACGCAUCAUUGAUGGUAUUACUGGCCAAUCGCUGGUGAUAUUCACCUCGGCUCAACCGGUUCAAAAUCUCGGGCCGUCGCCAUUGAAGUUGAAGAAAAUUCUCGAUAUGGCCCCGAUCACGGUCACGGAUCAGACUCCAAUGGAAACGGUAGUCGACAUGUUCCGCAAGCUGGGCCUGAGGCAAACAUUGGUCACCCACAAUGGGCGACUACUCGGUGUAAUAACCAAAAAAGACGUCCUGAGGUACGUGAAACAGAUGGACAAUGAAGACCCGAAUACUGUUUUGUUUAACUAAGCGCUUAGCUAUUUAUAAUGAUAGAUAUUAUGCUGGCCUCCCUUCUGUCUUUCCCCUUCCCUUCGCAACGUAUCAACCCUAUCCAUCCUGUGCUGUUAGGUUCGUUGUAGGUAAUGAACCAUUCAAAACAAGUUAGGCUUCCUCCGUGCUUACAUUCUUCGCCAGUUUGCGCGACUAAUAAUGAAAGGAUGAUAUCUUUUGGAAAUUUAAAAAACGAAGUAUUACCGUGCAAUAUUAUUUUUUUUUUUGGGAAAAGUAAACAAUUGAGGGAAAUAUUUGUAUGCAUGAAAGCAAUAGUCAAUUGAAAAUAGCGACAAUGGCAUUAAAACCACCUGCAUUCUUUAAAUCAGUUUGUGUUUUUGGGCAAAUAUUUUGAGCUAAUCGGGGGUAAUCCUGCCAAGUAGUAUAAAUGGUAAAGCCCGAUUCAAUAAUGCACCCGAGCUGGAGUAAGAUUUAAACUGUGCCCUGUGCCACUUCUUACGAGAUUAUCCAGUUGUGAGUAAUUAACGUCGUAGAUAGCUAGCCACAGUUCAGGUCAAUAUCGAAAAUGGUUAUAGAUCAAUUUAUCAAAACAGGAUCAACUUCAGUGGCUUUAUGAAUUUAUGAUUUACAGGAAGCUAUUUGUAUUCAACAACCCACUAAUUUUGCGACUAUCGCGUUUGGAAACAGGAAUAGAGCUAACCAGUAUGAAGUUUAAACACAAUGUCCUAUCCAGCCCGAUAGUUGGGUUAGGAAAUAUCAUAGAUUCCGAGACAGUUGUGCCGCGGUUAUCAUCGUGCAAAAUUGACACGUAAGUGACUCUAUAUAUUCUCUCGUCCAGGACUUAUGAAAUAUAGGUAUCAUAUUAUUUUUACAAAAUGUGCAAUCUAACCGACAGCAAUGGGACAAGUAACAUAAGUGCUGAUAGUGGAAAUGCAGAAGAAAUCAGAAAUACACACAUACACAAAUAGGAAAAUUACAUUACUCAUGUAAACGAUCGUCUUCGACGUCACGACGUUGCAGUAGGAACAAACCCGAUAGCGAAUGGAAAGGGAAAGAGUUUAAGAAUGCGGAAGCAACAUUAUAAUAAAAUUGUAUAUUUAUGUAAUAAAACAAUU